CCGCCCGGAGGUACUCCUCUGCGCGGGCGGCCGCCGGCGGCGCCUCCCUCUCGGUCGUCACCCCGGCGUUCAGUCCGUCCCGCCGCCGGGAGUCCGCCCGUCGGACCACCCCCACUGCCACUGCUGGGGCGGCGGCCACACCGGACAGGACAGAGGCUAAGGAAGCGGCUGGUGAGCCAUCCCCUCGACCUUCGACUCGAAAGAGCUCCGAGAGUCGUGCGGAGUCGAGUCAGACGGCUGAGAGUCAGUCGAAGAGUCGGAGUCGGUCUCGGAGUCAGCCGGCGGCGGACGAUGAGGUUGUAUCAGCGGGCUUACGCCGUUCACCGAGACGUCCCACGGCCCCCGGCGCCUCCCCCCGCACGCUGCGGACCCGGAGCAGUGCAUCCUCGGCCGUGCCACCGACUGUAUCCACUCCCAGUGGCGCGGGACUGGCUCUGGAGCCUUCGCGCCGGUCCGCGCGCCGCUCCCUGGCUGCUGAUGUUGACGCCGAGGUUACCCCCGCUGCUGGUGGAGCUGCUGAGGAUGCUGCCGGCGCUGAUCACUCUUCUGAACCCCCAGCAGCCGGGGAGGAUCUUGUGCCGCCGUCCCAGUCCUCCCCCUCGCCUCGCGGUGAGCUGAGCGCGCUGAUGCGGCAGAACCCGGUCCCUGCUCCCGAGUCGGCUCCCUCCGUGGGUUUCCCCGCUGACAGUGAGGAGAUAGGCCCGAUGAGUGUCACACAGUUCGACCGCGUGGCCAGGGAGAUGGCGGCGGAGGCUGCUCCGCCCCCGCCGCGGGAUCUCUGUGACUUGGACACGGAGGAGGUGGAUCAACUGAUGGAGGAGCCUCCCGCGCCGCCGCCGAGAGAGACGACCGGUCUGGAGAGGGAUGAGAGUGAGACGGCGGCGGCGCCAGCGGACCAGAGCAGCCAGGCAUCGGCGCCGGGGGAUGAGGCAGACACCAAGCGCCGCUCGGGCAGCGUGGGCUCGCAGAAGAGAGCCAGCUCCCCGCUGGGGUCUGCUGUGGGGAGUAAAAGGCCCCGCUCACAGCCUGUGACCCCAGCCAGCGCUGCCAAGGGCUCCAAGGAAGAUCCAGAGGUGGUGUCUGAUGAUGACGAAGAUUUGCUGUCUGAAGGAGACGGUCUGCAGGUGAUUCAAGACGAUGCAACUGGUACGAAGAAGCGUUCAUCGACCGAAAGCAAGCUUCACACGUUACCCCAUGAUGCUGAACCUGAAGACGAAGCCAUGGAAGAUGAAGAACCCAUUGAAGACGUGGCUGAAGUCGUUGCGGAUCGCCGCAGUGCGGAGAGAAGCGGCAGAGAGCGGCCGGCGGGGACGCCUGGGGCGGGCGGCGGCAGCGGUUCCACCACCGACUCACCAGUUUGCCGCGCCCCGGGCCGGCGCGCCGCGCGAAUCUCAGACGAUGAGGCGGAGCCGGAGCCGCCCAGAGAACUCGAUGAGUUUGCCAGUGACGCAGAGGACCGUGUGGAGAUCGAGCGGCUGGCCGCCAUGCCGGUGGACGAGUUCAUUCGCGAGAUCCAGGGGGAGGUCUGCGGCGCGCCGGUGGGUGAGUCCACUAGGCGCCUGUCGGAGGACGAUGAAGAUGGAAGACAGGAUGCCCGCGGCGAGAAAUCCAUCACGGACAGUAUGCUGCAGCAGGUGGACCUCCCCCCGGCGGACGAGUCCAUCUGUGAGGUGCCGGCCGACUCCAGCCUGGCCGUGUGUGAGGACGAGUCCAUUGUAGAGGGCGAGGGGAGGCAGUCUCGCCCCUCGGCCGGCCGCUCGCUGGGUGACAUUGACCCGGACCUGGCGGGGGCGGCCGACCCGGCGCCGCCCGGCUCUCAGGACUCGCUGGCGGAGAUUGUGGCGAGCAGUGGGGAGGUGGUGGCCUCUCCAGGCCGCGUGGCACACCUGGACACAGUGCUGGUGACGCCCGGGGGACGACGGCGCUCGGCGGCGGCUGCUCAUCUCACCAACUCAGCUCACUCGGCUCAGAGCUCAGCUCACUCGGCCCAGCAGUCGCCCCGGCCAGCGCGGCGCUCCGGGCGGGUCAUGAGCUCUGUCAAAAUGACGACCGAUACCCCGACCUCCACCACCAGUAGAACGAGAAACUCUGGCGAUAAGCCAACACCGCCGAGAGCAGAGACAAACCAGACGCCGACUCGGAGUAAACCAACUCCCAGAGCUGAGUCCAAGACAUCACCGAGACCCGCACCGACUCCGGAGGCUGAAUUGUCCGCUAAGGACCGCUUGCCGACCACCCCUGCCCAGCCGGCCCCGGAGUCGGACCUGAUCCCUAGCAGCCCGGUCGGGCUGGAGGGCUCCCCGCCGCGCCGGCGCAGCGGCCUCUCGGCCAGCUCCCCGCCGCGCCGGCGCAGCGGCCUCUCAGCUCGCUCUCCGCCGCGACCGCCGGCAGCCACCAGUCCGAGCAGCGAGGACCUGCUCGUGCCGCCCGGCUUCUUCAACGAGAGUAGCAUGUGUGUGCCUGCGGCUGAGACGAGCGUGCGGGAUACCAGCGGGCGGGAGAGCGACACCAGCCGGGGAGGCGCGGAGCAGGCGGAGGCUACGCGUCACGAGCCGGCGAAAACGUCUCCGUCUGCCGCUGCUCCGGGUUCUGCCGCUGGUGCUGCGGGCUCUGCUGCUCCAGACCCCUCCGGUGUCCGUCGGGCGGUGCUGCCUUCCGCCGCCUCCGCCGCCUCUGACCGUACCGGCACACCCACCACCACCGCUGCUGCCGCUGGCGGAGACGCAGCAGAGGUCUCCGAGACGGAGUCUGAGGACAUGUUCUCCGCCAGCCGACCCACCGAGACAGCCGCGGCCGCCGGCAGGAAAAAGGAUAGCCCACCGCCGCCGCCUCCCCGCCCGCCACCUGUGAUGGUGGCCUCGGGCCUAAAGCGGCCCGAGCAGGAGGCCGCCCAGCGGCUGGCGGCCGCGCACGGCGGUCGCUUCCUGCGCCAGUGGCAGCCCGGGGUGACGCACGUGAUUGUACGCACCGGGCCGCGCCUGGAGGCCGGGCGCACGCUCAAGUUUCUGCAGGGCGUGGCGGCGCGGGCCUGGCUGGUGGCGGCAGCCUGGGUGGAGGAUAGCCUCGCGGCAGGACGACUGCUACCGGAGGAGGAUUACGAGGCGAUUGACAGCGCCACGGGCGAGCCGGGGCCGCGGCGCGCCCGCCAGACGGGCGGCGCACUGUUCGCCGACUUCACCUUUUGCUGCGUGGGGCCGUUCAGAGACGUCACGAUGGAACAGCUGGAGUCUCUGAUUGGUCAGUCUGGCGGCGCGGUGGCCUCCUCGCCGGCGGCGCUGGCCUCGGCGCCGGGUCGGGUGCGGCUGAUAGUCGCUCAGGAGGAGUGCGACCACGACUUCUCCGGCUGGCGGCGACGGCACGGCCUGCCCAGCGUCUCCUACGAGUGGCUAAUCGACUGUGUGGCCACCCAGCGCCUCUGGAGCCUGCUGGAUAACACCCUGUGCGGCGCCAGUGAGGCAGAGCUGAGACAGGCCGGCGUGCCGCCCGAACUGUGCCUCGCUGAGACACAGGAGACAGAGUACUUUGACUCAAUGGGACUGUAGAGGUGGGCAAGGUGUGUGGAGUGAGUACUUUGACUCAAUGGGUCUUAGAGGUGGGCAAGGACUUGUGGGGAGUAAGUAUUCUGAUUCGAUGAAGCUGUGACAGGGGGACAGGCUGUAUGUUGAUCAAGUACUUUGCCAUUGGGAUGUGAAAAGCGUGUUUCAGACGCACAGAUAAAAUGCUUCGAGUUGAUUGAAGAUAAAGUAGUUGGUCGUUCAACCACACAAAAUAAAAACUUUGACUUUGUAUCUAGCCGUGCCACCUUUUUAUCAGUGCCUGCAUGCAUGCGAAGUAAAAGUCAUUCCAGUAAUUAACCAAGUAACAUAAGCUGCCUACUUUGUCGCGAGACAAUGUGUGCGUAGUGGAGCAUUGACUCGUGCGAGGCUGUGUCAUGACUCAUGUCCACGUGCCUUAUCAGAUCUGUUGGCUCACACCCUCAGAAGGGGACUGAAGAAGGCACAUAGCGCCCAGUCAGUGGACAAUCAGGCUGCUGCCUUGUAAAGUAAUCUUCGCUGCCUUUGCCAGACGCUGUCUUCCCUGAUGCGUAAUGUAGCGUGUAGGUCGCUGUCGCAACUCGAAGUGUAUCGCUCGCUAAGAGGGCAUAUUUCGGAGAACACCUGGGUGAAGAAAUGAAUCGCCUCUCAGUAAUAGAAGAGCUAAGCGAGCUAAACCUCGCACUGUAGUUAACCCGGGUGAAGAAGUGAAUCACCUAAGAAGAUGAGACGCUCUUGUAGAUGAUAACGCGCUCUCGGCGUGCUGAAGUCUGUUUUUCUUCCCUUAUGUAACUAUUAUAGUGCUGUGGAGCGCGGGAGCUCUAAUAGUAUUUUGUUGAUGCACGAGAUUUGUAGAUCGUUGGCUAACGACGAUACUGAACAGUGAACAUAGCCGUUGGUUAACAAUCGCUCUGUGAAUGAACGGGUCGUGUGUAUGAACAGGGUGUUUGAUGUAGCAUCUCUUCCUAGACUGCGCUGUGACAGUCGAAGGCAGCGGGUCUUCGCCACCAUUUCGAACUGCUUCGGGCUGUUAUGUAAGAAACGUAUCGCUCACGUGCCAUGCUACGUGCCUUCUCUACCCUGUCUUGAUUAGUCUUUGUUGAUCGGAUGAUUGUGCCUCUGAAAUAUACGCUAGUGUGUUUUGAG